AUAGGCUCCUCUCAAAAGUUAAGGCAAUGAACUUGCCUAAUCCAAAAUGUGGGAAAAUGUAUGGGUUGAGUGUUUGUGAGGGCAGAAGGCUAGAAGCAGAGCAAUAGUAGUAUAAGAGCCGCAUGUAAACGACAAGAAUUGUCAGAGUUAUAAGAGAUUGUUCUGUUAAAUAUUGGAGUGAAAUAAUUUCUUCCGAUAUUGUCGAUCCUAAAAUACCACCAUAUUUCCGCUGUGCCCAACAUAAGCUUGUGUUCCAGCUACCAUCAGCAGCAUGCAUUUUCUCAACUAUUCCCCGCAGGACGAGGAGGACUACCAAUUCGCCGCCGCCGCCUUCCCACUACUUUCGCCGUUCAUUAAAACAGAGUCGGCGGAAUUGGACGCAGAGAUGAUUGCACUUGAUCAUGAUCAGCUCCGAUUCAACUGCCUCUUCCCUCCUCAGGAUUAUGGAAUUCCCGAGCCCCUGUUCCAAUUCGAUUCGGACAAUCACAACCUCAUUUCCCUCUUCCCCGGGGUUUCCUGCUCCGCCGACGGUUGAUUAUCUGGGUGACAUUCCAGCUGUUCCGUUGCCGAUUCCGAAGUUUGAACCGCCAGCUGAGCCGCUGAGGUUCAGCAUUGGGAGGAGCGGCAAGGAAGCAGAGGAGGUGAACAAAAAACAGAGCAAUGGGAAUGGUGAAACCUUGUCGGCGCAGAGCAUUGCUACGAGGCACAGGAGGAGGAGAAUAACGCACAAGACUCGGGAGCUAGGGAAGCUGAUCCCUGGCGGGAACAAGAUGAAUACUGCUGAUAUGUUCCAAGCUGCUGCCAAGCAUGUCAAGUUCUUGGAGGCUCAAAUCAGCAUUCUUCAGUCCAUGGGCUCGCUUCAGGAACCAAUUAAGGUGCCGAACGAGCUGGGGGCGCUUGUGACGUCGCCGGUGAUUCAGCAGAAGCUGUAUUCGGAAGAGAAGUGCUUGGUCCCGACGGAGCUACUCCGGACUCUGGCGAAUAGUUCUGAGUUCCAGUCGAAAACAAUCAAUCAAGGAGAAUGAUAGAGUUGCUGGUGAACGAUGAACACUGACAAGGAAUUCUUUUGGCUUAGUUUAGUUAGUUAAUAUCUUUUUACUUGGUUUUUUUCUUCUUCCUCGUUUGUUGUUGCGCAGCUCUGGUUUUCGAUGUCUCUGUUCAUAGGUAACUGCUUCAGAACUAGAUCGUAUAGCCCUAAUCUGAUCAUAUGAUUACAGUCCUCCU